AUGGGAAGGCAGAACGUUGAAAGAGAAGUGCAUUUUCAUUGCGGAGGAGAGCGAGGAGGGAGCAUGUCGCAGAUAACGAGGAGGUGCCACAUCUUCCCGGGAUCGAGAGGAGGUCUCAGUGAGAUCUCGCCAGCAUUGUCUCAGCAUCUCUUGAGCGAGGCCGCAGAGCAUGUGGCUGAUGACUCCUCCUCCGACCUCUCGGACGGUUGUCUCAAGUCCUGCAACAACGCUGUGCUCAAGGACGAGGAGUACCUGCGAUGCUGGUCUCAAUGUUCUGGGAUGCAUACUGCGCGGAGACUGGUUGAUGACAUCAUGGAGGGGAGCGGCGCUGCCACAAGGCAUGGCGUCUUUGCAUUGAUUCAUGGGAGCGAGCUUGCUUUGAAAAAUCUUACCUGCGUAGCGGAGACCCUCGCGACGUAUGCAGCAUUGUUUCUAAGCUUCACUGUAUCCAUCCUGCUAUCAGAGGUUGAUGACUUUGUAGAUGACGCGAAAGGAGUCAUCAAAACAGACGACCUGGUGACUCGCUUGGUCAGCAUCGUUAACAGAACCAAAAUCCCAGGGGGCAAUGCCACCAUGAAUGGACCUGCAGAUGUUGUACAGAACUCAAACACCUCGUUGACAGACCUUGUUUUUGCUGCACUCAUGGAUCUCAAGACUGGUGGGUUCGAAGAUGAAGUUCCAGAGUACGCGCAAAGGUACUACUGGUGCAUAGCUCUGUCGGUCAUAAUGCACUUCGCUACGAUUGUCUUCUCCUUGUUCAUCACAGGAACAAGCGCUCUCAUCGUCCGAGAGUCUGACGCCUUCUGGACAAUCUGUCAAUUCGGCGAUGUUGCGAUCUGGAUCCUCGUGCUCACCUUCAUAGGAGGAAUCCUGCCCCUUGGGGUGGCAGCCGCAAGCGCGGCGUGGGUGCAUGUCGGAGAGUUCGAGUCGAAAGGGUUCUACGUGCUCUCAACCAUCUUGAUCCUUCUGGUCGGUAUCCCUGGCUUGCGCAUCAUCAACUACGUCCGACCUUUCCAGAGUGAGAUCAGAACCAAGUGGGCACCGAAGUACCUUAUCCUCAAGUUCUUCAACUUGUUUGUCCCAUCGCUUGUGAGAGCCCAGAGCAACUUUGAGCACCUCAGGUUGGCCAAGGAGAUCUUCGACAAGAAAGCAGAGAUUGGGGAGAAGUUGGAUCCCAAUGUGUGCGAGGACCAGCAGGCUGAGACGAAACCCUGUCCGGAUGCUGUCAACGAGCACGUUGUCAUGGAACCCCACUCAGCCCAGGAGAGGAGGAAAUUAAAUCCCUCCACGAGCUCGAGAGGGCAGGAGGACUCGAGGCUGCAUGAGGAAGUUGACAAGUCAGAGAAGGUUCUCUCCUUGCUGCAGGGGCUGAUAGAAUGCCAACAACAAUCACUACAACAGCAGCAGAGAAUGAUUGAAGAAGUGCAAACGCAGACCAAGACGAUGUCGGCAGCUCUGGUGAGCCUGACCGAAGAAGUGAGGAACUUGAAGAGUUCAAGACCAUUGGAAUGA